GUCAAGGCCAUUUGUAACAUUUAUGGGUUAUGUUAUUUGUGUUGUAAACAUAGAAAAUUAAAAAAAUGGAAGAUAUUUUCCACGAAUUAUCCAUUGCAGUAAAAGGAAACAGAAAGAGCGUGAUAGUGGGCAAGUUAGACAUGAUUUUAAAAGAGGAUAGCGAAAUUAACCUUCCAGAUGCCACCUUAGUAAGAGACUUGCUCAAAGUAUCUGAUACUGAUGUGGUCAGGAUGACCCUGCAGGUGAUUGCAGGAUGUACAAGGCAUAUUAAGAAAAACAGAGAAGUCCUAACGGACGAGCAGAUUGUGGAGUCUCUGUUAAGUCUGAUGGAAAGUACUGAUUCUGACCUGCAAUUGAAGGCUACUAAAGCGCUGUCUCACAUUUGUGCUGAGAAUGGGGAUGCUUCGAAUAUUGUAGAGAAAAAGGGUGUUCAGCUUAUUUUGAAGCUGCUUGGGGGGGAUACUACUCGUGAUGACAAUGCCCUAACCACAAACAUUUUAGGUAAAAAAUAAACUCAUAGGCCCACAACUAAUCUAUAAUCAUACUUUCAUACCUCUUAAAAUAUAACAUAGGCAAUCAAUUGAAAAUGAUAACACAUCCAGGAAUAUUGUACAUAGAUUGUGACUCAUUUGGAUAGAGAUAAGAUUAUAAUUGUGUUAGAUCACAUUACCUAUUUUGCAAUUUAAAAUUCAUCAGGUUCCAAAUGUUAUCUAUUCUACAUGCUUAUAAAUGUGUUCUGUGGAAAUCCUCGUUGAUUUCAGCAACUAGUAGCAUAGUUGGCAUUGACAAAGGUCAAAUUUUUACUAUAAGUGAUAUUGAUUUCCUUUAUGUAUUUUAAAAGCCAAACAAAAUCAAAGCUUAUCUUGCAGUAUAAUCACUUAUCAGCUUUAAUAGGUCAAACCAAACCCAGAGCUACUAGUGAACAUAGUGGCCACAAAUGAUAGCCUAGUAAAAAUCUUAUUGAAAAAAGAGAUUCUUGAUAUCAUAGAACAGUUGCUGACCAAAUAUUCUAAAUCUAUAGAAGACAAUAAACAUCUUCUAAUGUGUCUGCUAUCUGCUAUGAGUAUAUUUGUUGAGUAUUUUGAUGAACAUGACAUGGCUUUCAAGAAAAGCCUUUGUCUACUCAUUAUUGAUGUAUUCAAAAGAGCAAAAUGUAUGGAACUUUGGGUUCCAUGUUUGGAAAUCUUUCAUAACCAAGUAGAAAAAGAUGACAUUAAAUUAUUGCUAGCCAGAAAUGGAGUUUGUGAGCUAAUCUAUGAGUUAGUUGAUGACCAUAUUCAUUUGAUGGAAACAGAUAAUGAGGAUCAUAAAUUAAUCUUUCAAUGUGCUUGUGAUAUUAUAGUCAUUAUUUUGACAGAAGACGAAUGCAUGUAUUUCCUUUAUGAUAAUGGAAAAGGAAAAAUGUAUGAAAAUAUGGUAUCAUGGUUGAAUACAAGUGAUGAUAAGUUGUUGAGCACAGCUGUUUUGGCAUUGGGUAAUUUUGCUCGGAAGGAUCUACACUGUAUUCAGAUGGUGCAAAGUGGAAUUUCAAAAAAAUUAAUCGAAUUAGUGAAGAAAUAUAAUCAAAGCACUAAGGAUGAAGAUGUUAAAAUCCAACAUGCUUUGCUGAGUACUUUGAAAAACUUGGUGAUCCCUGCACAAAAUAAGUCGCAAGUUUUGCAGGAAGGCCUUAUAGACGCAAUAUAUCCAAUGAUAAAGAUGAACCAGUAUCUGGUUAUUUUCAAGCUGCUUGGUACUUUCAGGAUGGUUAUUGAUGGGCAAGAAGAGGCAGCCCUGGAUCUAAUCUCACGCAACGAUUUCCUUCAACGCCUUGUUUUCUGGUGUUUCAAUGCAGACCACUUGGGCAUAAGAGGCGAAGUCCCCCGCCUCAUCUCGUGGCUGAUAAAAAACUGCAGAUCUUUCAAGCCGUUUAAAGGUGUUUUAGACGUGAAAGAGUGUGUGAAAUGCAUAGUGGACAUGAUUUGUUCCAACCAUGCUGUGAUGCAAAAUGAGGCUUUCAUCGCACUGAGUUUGUUGUGCAUUGGGUGUAAGAAGAAUGAUAAGGAACUGGAGGGAAAUGUCCAGUGGGAACAACUUGUCAAGCAACUGGUAUCAGCAGACAUUGGAAAAGCAGUAUCUUUUGUCGUGAUGAAGUAUGGCCACAAAAUGGACAAAUCAAGCAUCGACAACCUACUAACAUUUUUAGAACAAUUAGUUGAAAACUCUAACAUAGUUAAUAACCUAAAAGAAGCCGAACUGUCAUCACGUCUAACUACCUUAUCAUCGAAUUCAAACGCAGAACAACUAAAAGAAAGGCUUGACAAGACAGUGAAUGCUUUAAAAUAAGUUAUUUUUUCUCUACUACGCUUUCACAAUGCACUCGCUGUGAUCACGUACAGUAAGGGUACAGAUCAUUCCUUAUAUGAUAUUGAACAGCUAGAUUUGUCAUCCCUUUUCUCAAAGUCCGCGUGAAGUUGACAGAGCAACUGUGUGGCUGUAGUGAGUAGGUAUAGUUGUUUGAAAAAUUGGUGCGUGGUUAUUACCCAAAUCGAAGGUAAGGUUUCUUUGCUUUUUGACAAAUGCUUAGAGCGAGUAUAAAGGAACAAGGUCACUUUUAUUGUUAAGCUGGUACAAAAGUUUGGUCACAUUUAUAGAAAUGCCUAGAUUCAAGGUAUUGUAUUGAUAUAAGUUUUUGCCGAGUUUAAAUAAAUCUAUCCUUUAGUUUCUGAGAUAAUCCAUGUAUCAUUUACAUGGGCUCCUAUUAGAAAGAUGCGAUUUUAGAUUGUAUAGAAAUGUUCAAAAUUAAUGAAGCUCAGGGGGCAUUAAAACAUUAUCUUAAACAUUCCAAACAGUUCCACUGUUUCAUUUUUCUAAGAAUUUAUUUGGGAGUCGACGAGUCCUUAGUUUUCAUCGUAUUGUUUUCCCAUUUCAUUUUGUAAAGAAUUGUAUGAAUGCUCAUGAACCUGGCUGUAUGAAAUUUGAACUGCAUUAACCCUGAGGGUUAACGUCAGGUGAUAAGAAGUAGUAAUCACGGGCAUUUUCUCCAUUUAUUGUACCUAAUACAUUGAUAUUAGUAUCGAGGUUUACAAAGGCAAUACUUCUCCAAGACAAAAAUGAAAAAAUGACACAGUAAAAGUCUCAUCAUAUGAGUUUUAGAAUAUUUUAUGUACUCUCCUUGAGCAAGCAGUAUUACUGACCAGGCGAAAAUAAAAUUUUUUGUUUAAUGCACCCUAUUUGUUUCUCGCGACUACGUUGUAUGACGUGUUUUAAAACAGAGGUACCCGUAUUCCGUAGCGUAAAAUUUGACAUAUAUCGAUUUUUAAUGACAUUUAUGUAGGUUUUCCGAAACGAUGUCACCUUGGAAAUAGCUGUCAUUCACCUCACGUUUACUUGUAGAAGCUGUUCUUUGCCUAAACGUCAUGACACACGAGCUAUAGGAUUUGUUUCUGAUGUGAUGUCACAUCUGCUUCAAAGAUAGCCUUUGUAGUUUCUAUUUUUUAAGCUGUAAAUUCUAUACUAUAGUUCACUGUACCAUCCCUCCAUAGGUGGCAUUCACAGCGAGUGCGCGUAGCAUGGACUAGUGACCAGCUAGUUCACAAGUUGACAUCAUAGAGAUUUUCAAAGGCAGACAUCGAUUUUUUACGUAAUACCCUUGCAUGUAUACCAUAUUUCGUGUUGCUCGACUUUGGUUGGAAGCGCUACAGGUCAGAUAAAUGCCAGUCUGAUACUCGAUACUCUAAGACCACUGACCAAGCCGACAGUCAGUGUCGACAUCUGUGGGCAGCGUUGUUGACCAUAGUCACGUGAUAUGGACCAGAAAUCGCGCGAAAAUGUUACCCCUUCAAAACGUGGGAUUUGAGGUCGGCUCUAUCUGGUUAGAAAAACGUUAGUUUAUCGAACCUUUAAACAUUUACGUGGCCCAAAUAUUUUUACGUGAUUUUAACGUCUGGCAAACGUUUGUCUUUUUUUAGUUUAACGUCGACUUUCUGGAUUUUUUGUGUACGUAUAUAUAGCUUCAUCAUUGGCAUUUUUACCUAGUUUUAGUCAAUUAAACAUUCUCACGAGUUUUGAACUUGUAUUCGUCUGAUGUGCCAUAUUUCAAAUACACUUUGCACAAACUUGUUUUUCCUCAAGCUACAACCAUCUUAUAUCCUUCAUACUUGGGAAUCCAACAAACCUUUUGAUAUCAAGAAAAGGAAAUAUUAUAAUUAUUUUUAUCGCAUUUUUUCUUGAAAAUAUGGUUCUCAUAAAACGAGAAUACUUUUCUGGUCUAUUUUUUAUAUUUUGGAAUAAUAUUCAAUAUAAGGUGGUUAUAAUGGCGUUUCAGAUAAACUUAGGGUGUUUUUUAAACUCUGAUGUUAUUCUUGUAUCUAAAUAUAUUUAUUAUACUAAUCGAAAUGUACAUUUGUGAUUGUAUUAUUGCAAUAUAACCUAUUUUAAUAUUUCAAAUACAACUUGAUGCACAUAUUUUGUUUUGUUGAAUGUUUUACUACUCAAUCAAUAGGCGAGGACUCCUGGUGCUGACAUUGAUUCAUGUAUUCUACCCAAAAAUACCUAAUUCAAAUAGGCUUUAGAGAAGCCAAAAAGGGACUGACGAGAUACUAUAGCGCUAUCUAUGAGACGGUAGCAGAAUCAAAAUCUUAAAAGUAGAUCUCUAAAUUCAUUAUUAUGUUCGUCUACUGUCUCGUGAAUGGCACUAUACCCUAUUCGUAGUCAAUUUACGCCCCUGCACAACGAACACGAGCAGGAUUCGAAAGGAUACAUACGUUAGCAUGUCGUCUACGAAUACAGCAGAUGAAACUGAGACUAUUUCUCCCAAUGCUUCCUUCAGCCAUGCUUCGUCUUCAGUGAUGUAUCCUCCCCGAAAACGUG